ACCUACUGUAGGCUGGCUGUGAGGGGGGCCUCCGUUAUUUAUGAAUUUUGUCUACUUUAAAAAAUAGUUGAUUCAGCAGUGGCCAAUGGAGCAAGUAAUAAUGGACAAUUUUUUGUUUUAAGAAUUCAUGCAUGAUUGUAUUUGGAGAAAUAAAAAAUUGGUAUUAUUAUUGUAGGUGGGAUUAUUUUAGGGCUGGUUUAUGAUCACCUGCAGAAAGGUGAGGCAAGUGGGGGAUUCAGUUCAGGCAUUUUGCAGUCAUAAAUUUUGGCAUUUGGGUGUUGUUUAUACCCAGUCCCCUGCAUUUCUGUACAUCUGAAUUCAGCAAGAUUCUUGCCAUUUGUACACAUUUACAGAGCAGUAACACAAAAUUCUGACAAUGGUGGAGGGGUGCCUGAUGUUUUAAGAGGGGUCCUGUUGUAGUAUUGAACAAGGUCUGGAGGAGGUUUAGUGAAUGGUGAAGAGGAAAACAAAAAGGAAAAAAAAAUUGGGUUUUGGGUGUGCUGAUAUUGGUUGGAGGAUUGAGAUUGGUGAAGAUUGUCUGUCAUUUUCCUGUUGUUUCUGAUCAUUGUGUAUGUGGGUAUUCAUUGGAAGGUUCAGGGACUUUUCAGAGCUGAUGAUCAGAUUCACUGAAUGUAGGUGUGGCAUCUUCUGAAAGUGUACAAAAUCCAUUUUUAAUUGCAUCGAAGAGGAGAUCAAAAGCUGUUAUGAAUUUUUUUUGUCCCCUCACAAACAAUUUUUAAUGUACAAGGAUGCUCAUUUGAGGUGUCCAUUCAAUUGAUCAGAGAAAUAAGCCAUUUUGAUUGAGGGAUUCCAUGCAUUCUCAGCUUCAUCGUCAAAAAAAUCUCCACUGGGGAAGAUCAGGAGUUUAUUCUGACCCAUUGCGUGAGUGAGGAAACUUGGUUUUGUUUUCUGGCUUGUUGGGGACGAAAGAGUGGUUAGAUUACUGAGACUGUACUUCAUACUCCUACAAGUUCUUGGGGAAUUCACAUGGUCCAGAAAUCCAAAGAGUUAAGAAUUUAGUCUAGGGCAAGGAAUUCUAUGUUUGUGGGAGAGCCUUAUUCAAUAAUAUUAAUAAUACAGUCUACAUCACAAGCUCCAAGGAGUUUUAGGCUUUUGGUUAGCACACAGUAUAGCUAGUGCAUCCAUAGGUUCUGAGGAGUUUUAAUCUUUCUGGAGCAUCUUAAGAUCCCAAUGAGUUUAAGAUUUCAAUGUGCUGAAGGCUUGUAGAAUUUGGGACAAGUGUAGGCUUAUCUUAGGACAAGCGUAUGCAUCACAAGGUACAAGGAGGUCUAGUGGAUUAAGGUCUAGUAGUGCAGCAUAUCACAAGUCCCAAGAAAUUGUAGUCUUUUUGUGGAGCGUACCUAAAAUUGUUGAGUUGGGGACUGGUGUACCAUUGGUAAGCAGUUUUUGGUUCAACAUCAUUCAUUUUUUCCAAGAGCAGGUGUGCUGAGCAAGCUUUAGUACUGAGGUGGAUAGAAAUAGACUCUAUCUGCAGAUUAGGAAGAAGAUAAAAGAGAAAGAUGCUUGGCAAGCGUUCUAGGCCUGUCCAGAAGACACCUAGCAAGCUUCAUUUGAAUCCUGAUUACCCAUCUGAUUCCUCAGAUCACUCUGAAGAUAAACCCAAAUUCUUCAACACUCCUAGGGUUCUCAUAGGAUUCAGCAGUCAAAAGGGAGCCUUAGAUUCAGAAGCAGUUAGGAGUCCAACUUCUCCACUGGAUAUCAAGACAUUUUCUGGAGUUGGGAUCUCAUAUUGGUUUGAAAAACAGGUCAGAUCCCCAAGGUCUGGCCUUGAAGGUUUGCAGUGUGUGUCUCCAAGGCCCUGGGAGAAGAGGGACUCAGAGGGCGUUGGUCUGGGAAUUGUUGCAGCCCUCCACAACAGCAGCAGCAACAAUGAGGUCAACAAUGGUGGCCCUGGCCCCGCUCUUACUAAUAGCAGAGGGCUUCUGCUUGGAUCACAGCUCAAAAUUGUGAUAGGUUCUAAUCAAAACGUUGCUCACAAACAGUUAGCUUCUCCAAAAGCCCAGAUUAUAUCCCCUCGCCCCCAUUUAAAUUCUGUUCAUGCCCCUUUGAAAUUAUCUAAUACCCAGUCAAAUUCUUCAAAUCCCCUGUCAAGUUUUCCCUUAAAGCAAACUGACCCAAUACCAAUUGUAUCUCAUGGAAAACCCUCAUCCCAGACUGGAAUGGAGCAUUCUGAAAGCUAUACCUGUGUUACAUCUCAUGGACCAAAAUCCAGCACAAAGCGUAUAUAUAAUCAUUGCAGUUUAGAAAGUGAAACUGUUCAUUCUCCUACAAGGAAGCGCCAGGACUUAUGGGAUGUUGGAUCGCCACCUUCUUCUCCUCCAACGUGUGCCAAUGCUCCAGAAUUUCCUCAAGCUGAUUUUCUCAGUGCUUGCUAUCUCUGCAAAAGGCACUUAAGCACCGGCAAAGACAUUUACAUGUACAGGGGUGACAGAGCAUUCUGCAGUGUGGAGUGUCGUUGCCAACAGAUUUUGAUGGAUGAGCGAAGUGAAACAUUUCCUGCAUCUCCACCAUCUUCAUCGAAUGAUACAUCCUACUGUGGCAGAUUUUUUUCAAACAGCACAGCUGCUGCUGCAUAAAAAAUGCACCAGGAGAACUGCUACCAUCAUUCCUGCAUACAGGGAAAACCCUCUCACUGUAUGUAUCGUUCAAAUCUGAAGAGCUGUAGGAAACAUUAUACGGCCGCAGAUUGAUUACAUAUAUAUCUGUCUAUCUGUCUAUCUAUUUAUACAUAUGAUUGAUGCCGAGGAAUGUCAUGGAAUGGGAAGGGCUUUUGUGAAACAUUAAUUUGAUUUUUAAGGCCAGUACCCCUGUAAUUGUUUAAGGGUAUGUACAGAGUGGAGUCAAAAAGCUUCGGAACUCAGAUGAAUUUCUAAAUAACACACCUACCUACAGAUAAGGAGAGAUUUCCUGUAGGACUAAAGCUAUUAGAGCCAUGUUUGAAGUGAGGUAGAGUAUAUUCAAGGCACAUAUUUGUUUCUGCUUUAGUUAUUAUAGUUGAGGAAUGACAUACCCUCUUCAGAGAACAGAGUAGUUAGGAAAAAUUGCAGAUUUUCUGAUGGGUUUCCCACAGAUUUUGAUCAGGAAUUGAAUGCACAUAAAAUUGAGAACUUGAGCUUAUUGUAUUUGAUCUUCAGCUUUGUUUGAGGAUGAAUAGAACAAUGGAGACUGAUAAUUUCUAUA